AUGUCUUCCCGUCCCAAUAACGAGGAGCCUCUUCCUCUCCUCUCCGCCGAAGAGAGAGAGCGUGAUAUCAAGGGUGAGCUCGAUGUCGAGAGCGACGCUGGCCGAGCCGAGCCUCCCAAGAACAACAACCUUGACCACGAGUACUCCAUCCCCAGCACCGUCAAGUUUGCAUGGCUCGGAACCUACUUUUUCUUCUCUCUGCUCCUCACUCUUUAUAACAAGCUUGUUCUGGGAAUGUUCCACUUCCCUUGGCUCUUGACUUUCCUCCACGCCUCAUUCGCCAGUGUCGGCACCUAUGUCAUGAUGCAAAUGGGUUACUUUAAGCUCUCACGAUUGGGGCGUCGCGAGAACCUCGCCCUCGUUGCUUUCAGUGCUCUCUUCACUGCCAACAUCGCCGUUUCCAACUUGUCUCUCGCUAUGGUCUCUGUUCCCUUCUACCAGACCAUGCGCAUGCUCUGCCCGAUCUUCACCAUCCUUAUCUACCGCACUUACUACGGUCGAACCUACAGCACCAUGACAUACCUUUCUCUCCUGCCUCUCAUCAUCGGCGCUGCCAUGACCACCCUGGGUGAGAUGAGCUUCACUGAUGCCGGUUUCCUUCUCACCAUUCUUGGUGUCGUGCUCGCAGCUCUCAAGACUGUCGUCACUAACCGAUUCAUGACUGGCUCUCUCGCUCUUCCCCCGAUCGAGUUCCUCCUCCGCAUGUCUCCUCUCGCUGCUCUUCAGGCUCUGGCUUGCGCUACAGCUACCGGUGAAGUCAGUGGCUUCCACAAGCUUAUCACCUCUGGAGACGUUUCUCUCCCCCCCGCUUUCGCCUCGCUGUUCGGAAACGGUUUCCUCGCCCUCCUGCUCAACAUCUCGUCUUUCAACACCAACAAGCUUGCUGGUGCUCUGACCAUGACCGUCUGUGGUAACCUCAAGCAGUGCUUGACUGUUGCUCUCGGCAUCUUCCUCUUCGACGUGACCAUCGACCUGCUUAACGGUGCUGGUAUGGCCGUCACAAUGCUUGGUGCUGCCAUCUACAGCAAGGCCGAACUCGACAACAAGAACCGCAAGAGCCAACAGGCUGCUGCUGCCGUCGCUUACAAGCCUGUCGAGCAGCAGUCCCGGUAA